UCAAUGCAAAUGGCCGUACGCGCAUACACGCCGCUAAAGGUGUAAUGCUAUGCAUGGUUACUAUAAUUUUGUUGUUCUAAAAUCUGUCAUAGUAAAGACUCGUCGUAAUUUUCUUUGUGUUAUAUUUAUUGACAGUUAAUUUUGACUCAACUCUGCAAUCUUGUUUCGGCGAUUGCUGACAUUUCAACGCCAUCAUGGAGAUGGAAAAAAACAUAGCUCGUACUCAUGAAGACAUCGAGGCUCAGAUACGAGACAUUCAAGAGAAAAAAAAGAGCGUCCAAAAUAAUGUGGGUGCACCAGCUGAUCAAGUUGCCCUAGGAAAAACAGGAUUUUAUGAUCAAGAAAUAUAUGAUAAAUCUAAUAAGUAUGAUGGCUAUGAUACAUCUAUUGCUGCCAAUGACGAAGUUGAUGAUGAAGAUUUUGAUCCACAACCAUACAUUGGUGCUAAAAGAAGCAUCAAUGCCCCGGUUGCUUUGCUCAACGAAGUUGGACAGAGUGACAAAGAGUUUGAUCCAUUUGCUGAUAGACGUAGACCCACCAUUGCAGAUAGAGAAGAUGAAUACAAACAAAAAAGGAGAAGGAUGAGAUUAUCUCCUGAACGUAUUGAUCCUUUUGCAGAAGGCGGGAAAACACCUGAUGUUGGUUCAAGAACAUACACAGAAAUUAUGAAAGAACAAAGGUUAAAAGAGGACGAAUCUGAGUUACGUAAAAAACUCAUUGAAAAAUCAAAAGAUGGGACUCUUAAAACAAAUGGUGAAGCUCCAGCAGUUCCAAAGAAACGGGGACGCUGGGAUCAAACAGAUGAAACACCUACACCAAAAAAGCCAGUUAUUAGUACAACAGCUGCCACUCCAACUUCGUGGGAUAACACCGAUGCCACUCCUGCUGCCAUUCGUUGGGAUGAAACUCCUGCACAUGGAAAAGGUGGAGAAACUCCUGGUGCUACUCCGGGUGUCAGUACUAGAAUUUGGGAUGCAACUCCUGGUCACGCUACACCUGGUGCAACUACUCCUGGUAGAGAAACUCAUGAUAAAGUGAUUUCUUCUAGUCGACGCAACCGUUGGGAUGAAACUCCAAAAACUGAAAGGGAAACACCAGGUCAUGGUAGUGGGUGGGCUGAAACUCCUAAAACUGACAGAGUAGUUGGAGAGCUUAUACAAGAAACUCCAACUCCAUCAGCAAGUAAGAGAAGAAGUCGAUGGGAUGAAACUCCUUCAGCUCAAACACCCGGAUCAAUGACGCCUCAAACACCAGCAACUCCUUUGACAACACCUCAUCAAACAUCAAUAUUAACUCCCAGUGGUACAACACCUAUUGGACAAAAAGCAAUAGGGUUAGCAACUCCAACUCCUGGACAUUUGAUGUCUAUGACCCCUGAACAAAUUCAAGCUUAUAGAUGGGAAAGAGAAAUUGAUGAAAGAAAUAGGCCUUUAUCAGAUGAUGAAUUAGACGCUUUGUUUCCUCCAGGCUAUAAAGUUCUUCAACCUCCAGCAGGAUACAUACCAAUCAGAACACCAGCAAGAAAACUUACUGCUACUCCUACUCCAAUUGCGGGAACCCCACAAGGAUUCUUCAUUCAACAAGAAGAUAAAAGUUCUAAAUUAAUUGAGAACCAACCUAAAGGAAAUUUACCUUUCAUGAAACCUGAAGAUGCACAAUACUUUGAUAAAUUGUUGGUUGAUGUUGAUGAAGAAUCACUUAGUCCAGAAGAGCAAAAAGAAAGAAAAAUAAUGAAAUUGUUAUUAAAAAUUAAAAACGGAACGCCUCCUAUGCGUAAAGCUGCUCUUAGACAAAUAACUGAUAAAGCAAGAGAAUUUGGAGCUGGCCCUUUGUUUAAUCAAAUUUUACCACUUCUUAUGUCUCCGACUUUGGAAGACCAAGAAAGACAUUUACUAGUUAAAGUAAUUGACCGUAUAUUGUAUAAAUUAGAUGAUUUAGUUCGACCUUAUGUACAUAAAAUUCUUGUAGUAAUUGAACCCUUACUUAUUGAUGAAGAUUAUUAUGCUCGCGUUGAAGGUAGAGAAAUAAUAUCAAACUUAGCCAAGGCAGCAGGUUUAGCCACUAUGAUUUCUACCAUGAGACCAGACAUUGAUAAUAUAGAUGAAUAUGUGAGAAACACAACUGCCAGAGCAUUCGCUGUGGUAGCUUCAGCUUUAGGCAUUCCUUCAUUACUUCCAUUUUUAAAAGCUGUGUGUAGAAGUAAAAAAUCCUGGCAAGCGCGACAUACUGGUAUUAAAAUUGUGCAACAAAUUGCCAUUCUUAUGGGAUGCGCUAUAUUACCACACUUGAAAAGUUUGGUGGAGAUAAUCGAGCACGGUUUGGUUGAUGAGCAACAAAAAGUACGAACCAUCACAGCGUUGGCUAUUGCAGCUUUAGCUGAAGCGGCAACUCCCUACGGUAUCGAAAGUUUCGAUUCUGUUUUAAAACCCUUGUGGAAAGGUAUUCGUACACAUCGAGGAAAAGGCUUGGCCGCUUUCUUGAAGGCUAUCGGAUAUUUGAUACCACUCAUGGAUGCCGAAUAUGCUAAUUACUAUACUCGAGAAGUAAUGUUGAUUCUAAUUAGGGAGUUUCAAUCGCCUGAUGAAGAAAUGAAGAAAAUCGUGUUGAAGGUAGUGAAACAGUGUUGUGGUACUGAUGGUGUUGAAGCACAAUACAUAAAAGACGAAAUUUUACCACACUUUUUCAAACACUUUUGGAAUCACAGAAUGGCUUUGGACCGUCGAAAUUAUAGACAGCUUGUAGAUACGACGGUUGAAAUAGCCAAUAAAGUUGGAGCUUCAGAAAUCAUUAACAGAGUUGUUGAUGAUUUAAAAGAUGAAAAUGAGCAAUACAGAAAAAUGGUGAUGGAAACCAUUGAGAAAAUAAUGGGUAAUUUAGGCGCUGCUGAUGUCGAUUCUCGCUUGGAAGAACAACUUAUCGAUGGAAUUUUAUACGCUUUCCAAGAACAAACAUCAGAGGAUGUUGUAAUGUUGAAUGGAUUUGGUACAAUAGUAAACACCCUUGGGAAGAGGGUGAAACCUUACUUACCACAGGUUUGCGGUACUAUUUUGUGGCGUUUAAAUAAUAAAUCAGCAAAAGUAAGGCAACAAGCGGCUGAUCUUAUUUCUAGGAUUGCAGUGGUCAUGAAAACUUGCCAAGAGGAGAAACUUAUGGGACAUUUGGGAGUUGUUCUCUAUGAAUACUUGGGUGAAGAAUAUCCAGAAGUCUUGGGUAGUAUUUUAGGAGCACUAAAAGCUAUAGUGAAUGUUAUUGGAAUGACAAAAAUGACACCUCCGAUUAAAGAUUUACUUCCUAGACUGACGCCGAUUUUGAAAAACAGACAUGAAAAAGUCCAAGAGAACUGUAUUGAUUUAGUAGGCAGAAUUGCUGACAGAGGACCCGAGUAUGUAUCUGCCCGUGAAUGGAUGAGAAUUUGCUUUGAGCUAUUAGAAUUAUUGAAAGCACAUAAAAAAGCUAUCCGAAGAGCAACAGUAAAUACCUUUGGUUACAUUGCCAAAGCAAUCGGCCCUCAUGACGUUUUAGCAACUUUACUAAAUAAUUUAAAAGUUCAAGAGCGACAGAAUCGUGUUUGCACAACAGUAGCUAUUGCUAUUGUUGCUGAAACUUGCAGUCCUUUCACAGUACUGCCAGCACUCAUGAACGAGUAUCGAGUUCCAGAGUUGAAUGUUCAAAAUGGUGUUUUAAAAUCAUUAUCAUUUUUGUUUGAAUAUAUUGGUGAAAUGGGUAAAGAUUACAUAUAUGCUGUCAGUCCUCUACUAGAAGAUGCGUUAAUGGACAGAGAUUUGGUGCAUCGUCAAACAGCUUGUGCAGCUAUAAAGCAUAUGUCUUUAGGAGUUCACGGAUUUGGUUGUGAAGAUGCUCUAGUUCAUUUGUUAAAUUAUGUUUGGCCGAAUGUUUUCGAAACAUCUCCUCAUUUGGUGCAAGCUUUCAUGGAUGCUGUAGAUGGUUUAAGAGUGUCGCUGGGCCCUAUUAAAAUUUUGCAAUAUACACUGCAGGGCCUAUUCCAUCCAGCCAGAAAAGUUCGUGAUGUGUAUUGGAAAAUUUAUAAUUCAUUGUACAUUGGUGGACAAGAUGCUCUUGUUGCUGGAUAUCCAAAAAUUAUGAAUGAUCCAAAGAAUCAAUAUAUUAGAUAUGAGUUGGAUUAUGUUUUGUAACUUUUUCAAGUUUUCUAUACUUACAAAUUUGAAUCAGUAAAAGAUCUAUGAUCAAUUGUAUAAGAGUAUUGAAUAGUAAUAUAAAUUAUUAGAAAUAUUGUCAUUUUAAUUAUAAAACAAUGAAAUAAUAAAUAAGUGGAUGAUCAGCUGCAAAAGUUUACUUGUAAGACAUCAAAAGUGUA